UGUGCUGUUUUACCUCGCAGAGGUUAUGUUCACUCUUCCGAAAGUGUACUUCAUUCUCUAUGGACGAAUGUGGAGCUACCUGGCGAUCUCAACUGCAAGAGGGUACUAGCUUUGCAACUAGACUCACGCCGCGCUGCUAUAGGCUGGGGGACUGGACAAGAAAAAUUUUAGUGGGUUUUGUGUGAAUAUCACGUUAAAUAUAUCUACGAGAAAUUAAUCAUGCUUACGAGAAGAUAGCGAUCUGUCGACAGUAGCCGUAAAUACUCGAAAUUCAAUACGUGUUUGUGGACAUACCGAACUCGAUGUAGCGAUUGAUUGAAAUUUUCUUCAGUUUAGAAAGGGAUAACAAUUAAGGAAGUAUUUCAAAAUCUAACAACAUUAUCAAUUGAGCUUACCUAACAACAAUAUCAAGAGAUCGGGCGUUUAACCAUGGAAAUUUAUAUAUGAAAAAAAAGAAAAAGAAAGAAAAAGAUAUGUAAAAAAUUAUAAUAUCGAGAAUAUUGAAGCAAUGAUAAAUGGUGACAUAUAUUUAUAAAGAUUUUCCAAUUAAACAAUAUUAAUGAAUAAAAGGCAGUGAAAUAAUUUGUUUCUCUAAGUGUACCAAUGUUAUUUAAAUGAGAAAGCCAUAAUUAGAGAGCUCAUACCACGAAAUCGCAUUGAAUCACAAUUAUUUUAGUAAUAACUCUCUUUCAUUUCUGAAUUAUUCUACAAAAUCGUUUUACGAUAUAAAAUACGAGGGUUAAAUUAUUUGAAUCUAUCAAAUCUUUGUUUACCAAUAAGCCAUUGUUAAUUGUAAUGAACAAGAUAGAUGUCACACGUUUGGAAGAACUUCCUCUUAAAAAACGCGUAAAACAUCUUGAAGCCAUUAGAAGCGAAUAAAAAUGUGCUAGUAUUAUAAAUAAGCACAUUAACAGAUUAUAGUAUAUGGAUGUAAAAACACAAACGUGUGAAAUACAAAGGGAUGAAAAAAUUCGACCACGUAUUCUAGAAAGUGUUUUACAUAAGAAACAAGCUACAGUUGAUAAGAUGGAACAAAAACAAAAAUUGGAAAAAAUAGAGGAAGAGAUGGGUGAUGAUUAUGUAUUUGAUUUGAAGAAGAAUUACGAUAUCGAAGGAGAAAAGAAAUAUGACAUUAUACCAGAAAUCUGGGAAGGUCAUAACAUGCGGAUUACAUUAGUCCAGAUAUAUUCGAGAAUGAAAUUAAAACAAUUAAAAUGAGAAUAUAUCAGAGAAAAAUUUGAUAUGUACGAUUACAAAAUACCAGAAUUGAGAGAAGAAGAUAAUUAUGAAGGACGAAGUUUAUAUACAAAGACAUCUUCAAAACCAGUUUUGCCACGAACAGCUGCAGCAAAGGUACAAGACAGAUCUGUCUCGAAAUUGAAAAAACAAAUGGAAGAUCUUGAUACUGAUAUGGAAAAUAUAGAAAAUGUAUUGAAAGUCGUUUUUGGGCUAUAAUUAUCAUUAACAGUUUGAAUUUUGUAAUUUUUGUCAUUUCUGUAAUUUAGAGGAAUUUAACUUCUUCGCAAUAUAUCCGAAGUUCUCAAUGAACAAAUUAUGAAGAAAAUUAGUCUAAAUCUCUAUUUGACAAUUUAUUGUGAAUUAGCAACCUUAUACUGAGUCUGAUAUGAGU